AUGACAGACACUGAAUCCUCACCAAAACAGACGUUGAAGGCGCCAAAAGACGCCUCAUCCAAAACACCAAAAACCCCAACCAAGACUCCUGCAAAAUCACCAGCACCAAAGAGUACCAAGAAGGACGUCCCAAAAGCUCCAUCAACACCGGAGCCAGUUCAAACACGUUCAGAGCCUCCCGAAUCCCCAGAAAGAAUGGCACCAUCAGCUAUUUCAGAUACCGAGGAUCAUCUCACCAAUGGUGAGCAAGAGGAAGAGGACGAAGAGGACGAAGGAAGCAAUGACAACGGUGUCGCAGAGGGAGAAGAGGAAGGAAGAGAAGAGGAGGAGGAAGGGGGUCUAGUGGAAGAAGAGGAAUUGACUGAGCGAGAUCCAAAUGAAGAUUCUCGUAAUUUGGGAGGUGCUACAGAACAGGCUAGGGAUGUGGCAGGCGAGGCUUUGGAGAAAGCUUCUCAUGUUUCACAAGAGAAGGAAAUCGACGAUGUUCUGGAACAGGAAAAGGCUACCGAAGUCGGUGAUGAUGUUCAAGACAAAGCUAGUCAAGCCGGCGGAGAUGUCCACGAUAAAGCUACUCAGGGUGGCAAAAAUGUCAAGGAGACAACUGAGUCCAAAGCUGGAGAUAUCAAGGACACAACAGAGUCAGAAACUGGGGAUGUGAAGGAUACCACUGAGUCAAAGACCGGAGAUGUGAAGGAUAUCACCGAGUCAAAAGCUGGAGAUGUGAAGGACAUUACCGAAUCACAAGCCGGAGACCUCAAAGACUCUGCGAGAAAGUCUAUCGAAGACGCUAGUGAAAUUGCAGAGAAUCUAGAGCCUGCCGGAAAAGUUAACGAGAAGGGAGAGGUCAUUGAUGAAGACGGAAACGUUAUCGGAAAGGUUAAUGAAGCCGAUAUCGACCAAUCCAAACUCAAGGACAGUAUCGUCAACGAAGAGGGCGAUGUAUUGGACAAGGAAGGUCAUGUCAUUGGAUCUGCUGAUCCAAUCGAAGCAUUUGAGGGUCUUGCAGACAGGGAUAAUGCCGAUGGUCUUAAAUCUCCUGCUGAUAGCGCCAAAUCCGGUCUUGAUAAGGGGGAAAAGCCAGAUAUCGACGUCAAAGAUGCUACUCAAGGCGUCGAAGGACAGGCCGAUACUUUUAAAUCAAAGGCAGACGAUGCUGUUUCCAGACCAGAUGUCGAUACAGUCGAAGAAUCAAUAAUACCUCAAUCAAAACUCAAGGGACCGUUCGAAAUCCAAGAAUCGGGCGAGAUUUUUGAUGUCGAUAGAAAGGCGAUUGGCAAACUUCAAGAUGACGUCGAUAUCAAGUCGCUGGUUGGAAAGCAAGGUGUUAAUGUGGAUGAUGAAGGAAAUUUGGUUGGGGAAAAUGGAACUAUUAUUGGAAAGGUGGAUUUACUUCCAGUUGAUCAACUGCCUAUUCCAGAGAGUGUCAGAGAGCAAGUCUUGAACGUGGCUAUUCCGGAAGGCGCUAGCCAAGUUGGAGGAAAGCUUGGCUCAAAGGCUGACCUUGGUUCCAGAGCUGAGCUUGAAUCUAGGGUUGGAGGUUCUAAGGAUGAUCUUGAAUCCAGGGCUGAAGGUUCCAAGGCUGAUCUUAAAUCACAAGUUCCAGAAGGCGAUGAGGUUAAGGAAGGUCUUGAGAAGGACAAGGGGGGUCUAGAAGAUGCAGUUGAAGAAAAAACAGAGGGUGUUGAAGGUUCUAUCGAGGAAGGAAAGGGUGCCGAAGGUGUCAUUGACGAAGAUAUAGUUACUCCUGGAGGAGCUGUUGAUGAAGGAAAGGUGGGUCUCGAAGGCACCGUUGGAGAAGGACAAGACGGUGUUGAAGGUGCUAUCGAUGACGAUAGAGCUACUCCUGGAGGAGCUAUUGAAGAAGUAAAGGAGGGUAUCGAAGGCAUCGUUAAAGAAGGACAAGAUGGUGUCGAAGGCGCUAUCGAGGAAGGAAAAGAGGGUAUGGAAGGUGUCACCGACGAAACUAAAGCUACUCCUGGAGGAGCUAUUGAAGAAAGCAAAGAAGGCGCCGAAGGUAUUACUGAUCAAGCCAAAGAUACCGUUGAAGGUGUUGAGGAGGAGGUUGAAUCUAAUAUUCCACCUGUCUCCAUUCUUGAGGGUCUUAAAGUCAACAAGGCCGGAAAGAUUGUCGACAGAGAUGGUAACCCAGUUGGUCAACUUAUUGAAGGCGAUGCCAAGAAGCUUGCUGGAAAGAAGUGUGACAAGGAGGGAAAGAUCUAUAACGAUACUGGCAAGGUCGUUGGCCGUGCCGAACCUCUUCCAGAAGUCGAGGAAAACGAAUCUGCACCUUUUGAAGAUUUCCCCGGUGCCAUUGUUGAUAAGUCAGGAAAGAUUACCUUUGAGGGGCAAGUCAUUGGACAAGUUGUGGAGGGAGAUGUCAAGAAAAUGAUCGGCAAAGUUGUUGAUGAGGAUGGCGAUAUUCUUGAUAAGAAUGGAAAUGUCAUUGGAAAGGCCGAACGCACCGAGGAAGAGCCAGAAAUUGUACCAGAAGGACCAGAUUACUCCGUUCUAUUCGAUAAAAAGGUUAACAAGCUCGGAAAUGUUACAGAUGACUCCGGUCGUGUGGUUGGUCGCAUAAUUCAAGGUGUCUUGAAAAAUAUGAUCGGUCGUCGAUGUGACAAAGAUGGAGCAAUCUGGGGUGACAGUGGUAAGAAAAUUGGACAAGCCGAGCCAAUUCCAGACGCAGAAAAGGAAGAACUCAAGGAACCAGCACCAUUCGAAGACUUUCCAGAUGCCACUGUUGAAUCCAACGGAGAUGUUGUUCACAAUGGCGAAGUUAUUGGCAAAGUCAUCGAGGGUGAUCCCAAGAAACUCAAAGGCAAAAAGGUUGAUGCAGAUGGAGAUAUCUUGUCUGCUAGCGGCAACGUGCUUGGUAAGGCCGAACGGUGGGAAGCUCCUGAAAUCGAAGCAGUGCCGGAAGUCGACAACUCUUCCUUGGCAGGAAAACGCGUGAACAAAGCUGGUAAUGUCGUUAACAAGAGUGGAGAGAUCUACGGUCGUGUUGUCGAAGGAGAUAUCAAGCAACUUGCAGGCAAAAUGUGCGAUAAGCAAGGCUUUGUGAGAAACGAGGGAGGUGAUAUCAUUGGCAAGUGUGAAGUUGUUCCAGAGGGUGAUCGUGAGGGCUUGAAGGAAGGACCUUUCACAGACUUCGAUGGUUGCACAGUUAACAAAGAAGGAAAGGUUGUUACCUCAUCUGGCGAAGUGGUUGGUCGAUUGGUUUCUGGCGACGCCAAUGUUCUUUUCGGACGAGCUGUGGAUGAUGACGGUGAGAUCGUCGAUAAGAAUGGCAACGUAUUGGGUAGAGCAGAGAGAUGGCAAGAGGAAGAGGUCAAAAAAGAUGUCAGCCCAAUGUCUGGUCGUAAAGUCAACAAGGAGGGUAAUGUGGUGGACGAGAAUGGAGAUAUCAUUGGUAGAUUGAAAAGUGGUGACCUCGGAGUCUGCUUUGGUAAGAAGAUCGAUGAUGAUGGAGAUGUUGUUGAUCAAAAGGGUAACUCACUUGGACACGUGACCCUUCUCGAGGAUAUCGUCGAAGAUGAGCCCGAGCCCGUGGUAGAACCAGAGGAGCCAGAGCCAGAGCCAGAGCCAGAGCCAGAAAUUGAGCAAGAGCCAGAAGAGACAGAGGAAGAAAAAAAGGCCAGAGAAGAGGCCGCACUCGACAAGAAAAUUUGUAGUCAGAUGACCUACUGCAUUGAGGAUGCUCUCAGCAAAGUCAAGCCAAUUCUCAAGAUGAUCACUUCGCAUAUCGAUAAAGCUGAGCGUACUCCGAAGGAUGAGCUCGAUGAAGAGGAUCUUGUUAACAAGGUCAAGCCAUUGAUCGAAGAAGGUGGCCGCAUUCUUUCUGAGGCAAAUGCCUCUAUUCGUGCUCUUGACCCCGGUGGAAGACUUGCAUCUCAAGCCAAGGCCAAGACAGCAGCUCAUGAAGCUACUCCAGAGGAAUAUCACUUGGCUGAUUGUCUCAAAGAGCUUACCGGAGUUGUUACCGAGACUAUCGAAAACGCCAAGAGAAAGAUUGAAGGCAUGCCCCACGCCAAGAAGGAAAUCAACCCCCUAUGGAGUCUUCUCUCAGAGCCACUUGCUCAGAUUCUUGCAGCCGUUGGCUUGCUUCUGAGCGGUGUACUUGGUUUGGUUGGUAAAUUGCUCAGUGGACUUGGUCUUGGAGGCUUGCUUGAUAAUCUCCUCGGAGGUCUUGGUUUGAAGAACCUCUUGACUGGUCUUGGACUUGGAAGUGUGGUUGAUUCUCUCACUGGCAAGAAAUCUAAGAAAUAA